AAUGCUAUUUCCAUUUCAGCCGCAACAUCUCUUAACCUUUUUUUUCUCUUUUUACCUCCAUCUUAAUUGUUUCAUCCUCUUUUCCUAUUUUCUUUCCUCAUCACAUUCCACCCACGUCGUCGCUUGUCUAUAUACUUAUAUACCAUCAUAUAUAUCAUCAUCUCUUAAGCAUUUAAUUAUGCCAUUCUGACAUACUAUAUAGGUAGAUAUUGGGUAUCUAGUAGAAUACCUAGCUAGGUGUCAACCUAGGUAUUGCCACCAUUAUUUCCCUAAUCCCUAGAUUCCCUACAUGUGGUGGCCAAACUAUUUGAAACUCAAUCAACCCAUUGCAACGUCAAGUUAACUUAGCCUCAAAGACAAAUCCCCUUCCCAUCUUUUCUCUCCACGCCUAACUAAGCCUUAUUCCACCUUUUCUGUCAACUAGAAGUCUCCUACGGUUAGGCGUUUUUUUAGACAAAGCAAAAAAAAAUAAGGUCUAAAAAAUAGUUCAAAGGCCCUCAAAAACCCACGGGCCUAACGAUGGCCGAUGAAGAUCCAGGGCUCGAUAGAUCUGCAGCGGGCAGGUGGUUCUCUUCCGACAUCAACGGUGCUGAGGGUCCGUGGGGCUGGCGUCUCGAUGUCGUCACUCUACUCGCUGUCAUCGGCGAGUCAUCCGUCGCAGAACACGCUCAGACGAUCACGGCCAGCAUCUUUUGUCUUUUCCCGCGAAUUGUUCCUGCCCCACAAGCUUUCCUAAAGCCCUCUCGACCUCUUCGUCUACCCGAAACUACCGCCAAAAUGACGGGUGUUUACAGCGGUGUGGUUCUUGACACUGUAGGGUUCUUUGCGAACAUCAUCCAUCCUCUCGACGAGCUAUCUGCAUUUUCUUUCAGGGUGCUGAGGAUUAAGCACACGGAUCGCAACAAUGCUGGUGGCGUGCAAGUUCCAGCAUCACUCGCAAAUGGUUCCAAAUACCUUUCCAAGUUCUACUCACAGAGGAGAUCCCACACCAGUUCAUCACACGAACAUACUUCUUUACCUCGUCCUCCCCUUCUUGAUGAAGAGACCAAAGGAGAUACGCCGAUAGCGAAUAUGGGCUUUAGUUCGAGCACCGAUGUGGAGGCUGGACCACCAGUUCCAGGGAUAACCAAACGAAUAACCAUGAGGGAGAAAAUGCAGGACUUUGCGGCUAACCCAACGCUUGCCACCACUGCCAAAAGGCCCGCCAUCCCAGCCAAGUUAUUAUCCCCCGUUCAUAUCCUCUCCAUCUUCUCGGUUGUGUUGACCGCAAGUAUCAUUGGAUUCGCGGCGCAUUACCAAGACGGGACAGCCAUUCUUGCCGUCUCCCUCAUCGCUCUUGCGAGUUCCGUCGUUGGCUGGGCUUCCUGGUGGAAGCCAGUCCUGAUGCAUCGAAGUCAUAACAACAAGGUCCCUGAGGGUGACAUGAUUAUCCGCACACGUAAAGGCGCUUUCCUUCUCGUUAAGUGUACCGAAGAAGUAGCCCGUGAGUUAUACUCAGGGACGGAAGAGUGCGAAUACCACGUCAGUAGUCGUGCUUACCGGGUGCUCAUGGGAACUGGCACCUGCGUACUGAUGGUGUCGGUCAUCCUAUUAGGUAAUUGCAAGUGGAACUCGCAGAUCUUUAUCGGUGCUAGCUACAUCACAUUGAAUGGUCUCUACUGGGCAUUGGGGCUACUCCCAAAACGAUUUUUCUGGGACUUGGGCCGCUAUGAUAUCCAGGACAUUACUCCUCCUGAGGCCCAGGGCGCCGAGACAACAACGGGCCCAGACCAGCGCGAAGAUGUCAAAAGCUUCACCCGCACGCUGUGGUACGCGAUUCGGGAAACGAAACGUACGGCUUGGGUCAAUCGUAGUGGUGCCGCUCCCAUAACGCCCCAAUGGCGUACCUGGCUCGCAGAAGCCGAACAGGCGGCAAACAGGGGCGAAAAGAAAUGGCCGGCCGUCGCUCGGAAGGAUGACAUUAUGAAAAUGAGUGAUGCCGAGAUCGAGGAUCUAAACCGGACUCCUGUAGCCACAAUACCCGCACAACACUUAGAUGAUGAGGCAAAGCAAGCGGUGCCAGCCGUCGAGGUCCAAAUCCAGAACUCGCGCCCUGCGGAUGGUACUCUCUAGGCAAGUGCUCAUAUUUUUAUACGUUUCCGGCUUGAUCUAUUUAUCUUGGACUUUUGGCUAUUUGGAUACCUACAUAGAAGUGAGCGAGGCAGGAUUUUCUUACCCAGGCGCUAUAGAUCCUCACACUGUUUUGGAAAGGAUUUUGGUAGAUUGAUUUUUGAGUCCGAGGUUCAGCGCCUUGGUUGUUUGCAUAAUGUGGAACGCAUAUUCUUGGGAUGGGAUAUUAGCUAAAGAGUCAUGUAUUGGUGUCUUGAUAUAACAUCGCUUUUGUGAAUGAUAUUAUCUUGUAUAUCAACACUUGGCCUUCGCAAGCUGGUUUAUUUUCUCGAAGCAGAACAGUCCCUGGAUAUACAUAAGUAUCACAGCUAAGCAUCAGAGUUUCACACAUAAUAAACAUUUAUUUCCAUACUAUACCAUCCAAACUAAUGCAGGUACAUGUUACCCAGAAACUUUGUCAACUUAGUAAACAUCGCAUCACUGAUACAUCAUCAUGGCUAUCUACCGGCGAUAUAUAGGUGCAAGUUCAUCCC